AUGGAUUCAUUAAAUCACCAAAUCACCAAAUCGCCGAAUCAUCAAACCAAAAUUCGUACUACCAUCGCCAAACUCACCAAAUCACAAGGAAAAUUCCAAAAGGGAAAAAACCAAAUUUUUCUACUCACCCACCCGAUUCACCAAGUUAUUGCAGGCGACGAUGAGGACAAUGUGGUUGACUAUAUACAUCGUGUAUUGUAUCCAAAGAUCUUACUCAACAUUUUCCGAAUAAGCUACUUUCAACCCCCUCGAGUUCCACCAAUCUAUAUUAAAAACAUUAAAAACUUCUCUGCAUUGAAUAACACGCCAUUACAACUCACCGGAAGUAACGGUAUCUCAGGUAAGCCAUCUCUUUCAUUUCCGAUUAUCCGUCCUCGAAGACGCUCAAAUUAUAAUGCUAUUCAUUUUCGAUCACGUCUUGAUGUCUACAAACGCCAAAUAUUAUACUAA